AUGUCUAUUCCAUCAGAUCAAGCCCAGUCCACGAGUGCGAACAACGACAACUCCAAUUACCUCGACGGAUGGGCCCAAUAUUACGGUAGACACUACCCUGCCCCCCACGAACUUCCCCAACAGUCUAGCCAAAGCGCCCACGAGCUGCCAAUCACCCGCCCCAUCGCCCGCGAGGCCCUGGAGCAACGAUGGAGAGGCGGAUUCGGCGGCCAAAGCGUAGGCACUAUAGCCCCGCCCCAGCCUCCAGCACCACACAACCGCGUAAGCCCCAGCGAAGUAAUCGAGCGCGUGAAAUCCCGCCUCCUAAAAGAACAAGCCGCCGAAGCGGACCUAGCCUCCGCGAUCCCGCAAAACAUAGGCACGAUCAAGAAAGAACUGCGCGCCAGCAUAACGCAAUACGACAAAGACUACCGCGCGCUCGACGACAAGCUAAGCACCAGUUUCCACGCCGUAGUCCAGUCUGUCGAAGACAUCCGGUACCGCUUCGACGACAUCGAGCGUCGACACGACGCCAAGUUCGAGAAGAUGGAGGAGCGGCAUAAUGCUACGAUUGAGAAGUUGGCUGAGAAGCAUGAUGCUGAGCUUAAGGUUUAUCGCGAUAGGGAGGUGGGUUACUAUGAUAAGGUCAAGAUGUACGAGGUCCAGGCCGCGACGUAUCGGGCUGAGGCAAAGGCUAUGUACAUUGGCGUCGUCUUUGUGGCGCUCAUUGCUGCUGGUCUGGGAUAUGCUCUGCGAGGCAUUUGA